UCUUGCUUCUGUGGAAACGGCAGGAGUUCACAGCAGGAGUUCAGAAGCGAAAGUUCUGAGCUGUGAGUCUCUGUGAGUGUAGCCGCAGUCAUGCCGUCUUUGCCAGUGCGCGUCGCAGUGGUAUGCUUGAGCAACCAGAACCGGAGCAUGGAGGCGCACAACAUCCUCAGCAAAAGAGGAUUCAGCGUCCGGUCCUUUGGAACAGGAACAAAUGUGAUGCUUCCAGGACCAGCACGUGACAGGCCAAACGUCUAUGAUUUCAGAACCACGUAUGAGGAGAUGUACAAAGACCUCCUUAGGAAAGACAAAGAAUACUAUAUGCAGAUUGGCAUUUUACAGAUGCUGGAAAGAAAUAAGACUAUUAAGCCCAGGCCGGAGAGGUUCCAGGAGUGCACAGAUCCGUUUGACCUCAUCUUCACCUGUGAAGAGCGAGUGUAUGACCAGGUGGUGGAAGAUCUGAAUUCCAGGGAGCAGGAGACCUGCCAGCCUGUGCAUGUGGUCAACGUGGACAUCCUGGACACCCACAAGGAGGCCACCCUGGGAGCGUUCCUCAUCUACGACCUGUGCCAGUCCAUCCAGCGCAUGGAGGACAUGGAGAACGGGAUCGACAAGCUGCUGCAGGAGUUCGAGGGAAAGUACGGCAGGAGCUUCCUGCACACCGUCUGCUUCUACUGAGCCCAGCCUUAUGUCCAUCCCACCGCUUGCUUGAAGCCAUUUUCUUGACUUUCCUUUUGGUAGUACUUUUUGCUUCCUGAUACUUGCUUGGAUCCUUAGUUAUUCUGCCAGUGGACGUUAGCAAUAUCCAGUAAACGGUACUGUAUGCAGUGAGAAGAUACGGAAAUACCAGAUCACAAACAAACGUUUUUCCCGUCCCACUUUACCUUAUGAGUACAAUCUUGACUGUAGUUUUUUUUUUUUUUUUCGUUAACCGAAAAAGAGAAAACGGUUGAUAGACAUUUCC